AGGUGAACGGGGAGGCGCGGAGGAGGAGGAGAAAAAGAAGGGCGGAGGCCGGGACGGUGGGCGUCCCUCCGGAGGAAGAGCAGCGCUGGCCGCCGGAGCAGCGGACGGGUGGAGCGCUUCUCUAGCCGAGGAGCCACAAAGCCUACCAUGGCGAGCCCCAAGCGGCAUAACGGCAGCCAAGGCGCCUCAGGGCAAAUACAGGUGGAUAGCAAGCCUGCUUCACAGUUUGAAGAUGGACAGCAGAACAUCAUAGAAACGGAUGCCUUUGAUGUAAGCUCCCACCUUUUUCACCCAGCUGCAGAGUACAAAAUGAACCACAAGAGGAGAGGCCUUGCUCUGAUCUUCAAUCACGAACGGUUUUACUGGCAUUUAACACUACCAGAAAGACGUGGUACUCUUGCUGAUCGAGAUAAUCUGAAACGCAGCUUGACUGAGCUGGGAUUUGAGGUGAAGUGUUUUGAUGAUCUUAAAGCAGAAGAUGUGUUGCAAAACAUUUACAAUGUAUCCACAGGCAAACAUGAAGAUGCAGACUGUUUCAUGUGCAUUUUCCUGAGUCAUGGUGAAGAUGACCAUGUUUAUGCCUAUGAUGCUAAAAUAAAAAUACAGACACUGACCAACAUGUUCAGAGGAGACAAAUGCCCAAGUCUAGUAGGGAAGCCAAAAAUAUUUAUAAUUCAGGCAUGUCGAGGAGAUAAGCACGAUGAUCCAGUCAUCUUUCAUGACACGGUAGAUAGCACAACAGCAAAAUCAGAUGUAAACGAAACUGAAGUUGAUGCUGCUGCAGUUUAUACGUUACCUGCUGGUGCUGACUUCCUCAUGUGUUACUCUGUAGCAGAAGGGUACUAUUCUCACCGCGAGACUGUAAAUGGCUCCUGGUACAUUCAAGAUCUGUGCGACACGAUAAGAAAGCAUGGGUCGUCCCUUGAAUUUACAGAGCUGCUGACACUGGUUAACAGGAAAGUAUCUCAUCGCAAAGUGGACGUAUGCAGAGAUAUUGGUGCUUUAGGGAAAAAGCAGAUCCCUUGUUUUGCAUCCAUGUUAACUAAGAAGUUGUAUUUUUACCCCAAGUCUAAGUAGAAUGGCACACCAGUAAAAAAUCCUUUUCUUCCUCUUUCUCCUCCUUGGUGCUGGGGACAUCUUGAGCUAAACACAAUCUUGUGAUAUAGAUCAUACCUUGAAAUAUUCAAAAACGGUGCAUAUUUCAGUUUGCUUAAUAAAUUAUACAACUGCUGAUUCUUGGGGGGGAUGGUUUUAAAGAACCAAAUAUGUGGAUUUUUUAAUGUUCAGCUAGACGAUAAAUUUAUAGGUAGCAAAAUAAAUGUAAAGAAGUGCUCAGUCUUGAAGAUGAGGUUCCAAAAUUUGAACACUUCAUUGUCUUGUCCAUUUUAAAUAAAUCAAAAGUAACUGAUUAUAUUGACAGUACUUCUUACCAGCACUUUUUUGUGAACACUAUAUCUGAAAUCUGGUUACUGUAAAACAACAUUGUAACAGACUCAGGGAGUUUUGGCAAUGAAAUCACCAGUAACAUCUGGAAGAAACACUUGAUCAGAUUUUUCCUGUCAUUUAGUGCAAACCAGGAUACAUUUUUUAGUUUCCAUUUUGUAAUGAAUCUUUUGUACUUUUUCAAGGUUUUUAAGAUCUUUUGUUUUUACUGAUGAAUUAGUGUGUUGGGGGCAAGGGUGAUUUUCACCAAAAUCUGCUACACCCUCUUUCUCUAGCUUUACAAGACAGGGAUACAGUAAUUGCUGGCACAGCCAUGACCUGUUGGACUACUCAGACCAAUUUCUGGCAUCCUGUUCGUGGCUCGGGACUGUCACAAGGAGCACCAACUAUCACACAGUUACUGGGUCAUGCAGGAUCAUGACUCCCAAGUGGACAUAGUUCUCCUGGGUGUGGCUGGGCUACCUGGCUUGAUGCUGGACGGUGUCACAUCUGUACGAAUGGGCCCUUAAUGCCAUGCUACUGUAAAGAUGUUUUAUGUAUAGCAUGUUUUAUGAUCCACAGUGUGAAUGACUGCAUGUGCAUGUGUAGAAUUUUGUCUGUUUAAUUGGUUUUUUGUAGAUCAGUACUGUAUCUGUAACAAACAGAUACUGAUAAUUAGAAAACUGUAUUAUGCAAAUUAUUUAAAAAUGUUCCCAAAGUAAAAAACUUUUUGAAAAGAA